ACCCACGCACGUACGUCCUCCGGAUCUGGCUAGUGGUACGUCGACGGCACGCACGACGCACGCAGCAGACCGACGCAGACUCAAACAGCAUGGCGGACGAAGUGGAGCAGCAGCCGACCCCGAACACCGUGGAGGAGCCGUUGGACCUGAUCCGACUCAGUUUGGACGAGAGGAUCUACGUGAAGAUGAGGAACGACCGCGAGCUGCGAGGAAGACUGCACGCGUAUGACCAGCAUCUGAACAUGAUCCUGGGCGACGUGGAGGAGACGGUGACCACAGUGGAGAUCGACGAUGAAACCUAUGAAGAACUAUACAAGUCGACCAAGAGGAACAUCCCUAUGCUGUUUGUGAGAGGAGACGGAGUGGUCCUGGUAGCCCCGCCCCUCCGAGUCGGAUAGACCAAUCAGUCACUCAUCGUUCACCUUAUAGCCCUGGCCCACAGUAAUCAAUAAGAUGCCUUAGUUGUGUCAAAUAUUAUAGAAAAAAAAAGUUAAGAAGUUUAAAUUAGGCCUAACAAUUUUUUUUUUUAUGCGAACUGUUCAUGCAAGUUUGAAAAUGUAGACUUUAUUUUUCCCAUUUAAGUAAACAUCAGGGAUAUGACCAUGUUUUUUUUUGUUUUUUUUUUAAUGGGUUAUGUGUUUGUAAAGUGUGUUGCAUUUUGGGGCGUGGGAUAAAAUCAUGCUCGCUGUGAGAUUCAAAGUGUUUCUGUUUUGGAUUUUGGUAAAGUUGAAUAAAAAAAAAGUUUAAGA